AUGAGGCGGCCAGCUCCUGCGGUGCAGUUUAUGCCUGCCAAACCGCAGUUUUAUUGGGCGCUUACUGAUAUUCCCAAUGCAAUGCAAGCAAAACAGCUUCACGGGAAUUGUGAUUCAAAUCAGACCUCUGCCGACUAUGCACGAGAUUUCCCAAAGAGUCCGAGCAAGAAUGCUGCCAAAGUCGCGCGAAAACCUCUUGGGCGACCAGCCUCUGCGCCGCAACUCCAAAGGAGCAAAGCGUUGCAGGCCCUACGAAAGUCGCGCACCCCCAGCCCGGUGAGGCGGCCUCAACAUCCGCAAGGCAGGGAGGUUUGCGGAGAGGCCAGCCAGGAGGCGUCUGUAAUGACAGUGCCAAUCAUCGCGCCGUACGAUCGACAGAAGAAGGAUGAAAUGCAAGCACCAUCAACCAGGAGGCGACUUGAAGAACAUCCUGGGGCAAGCAGCUCGCAUAGCAAGCAGGUUGCACCAAAAGUCAAGUCGCAGAAGAUGGCUUGGCAGGAGACUGCUUCUGAAAAAGUAGUUCAGCAACUGGGGUAUCAGCCAGGAUUGCCACGAAAACCAGGAGCACAGUCUUUGAUUCCCAAGCAUGUAUCUGACCUGCCAAAUGUCCUCGCACACAUGGAGCGACUCAAAGCUGAGCAACUUGAGCUAGCACAGGAUUCUCGAUGCGAAGGCGUGAAAAUCAAAACUCAAAAGGAUGUUUGUGUGUUGGAGUUUCCUAACAAGGGGGCUCGUUUGCUGGUGAAUCGGUGGAGGCCGGGGUACAGCGAGCUGCAGCAACCAAACCGCGCUCAAAGCGCUCAUGGUCGUCGGGCACGCUCGAGCCCGCACCUUUCACGAUCCACCGGUUUUCCAUGCACACAGGUGCAGCCGGUGCAGUCUGUUCAAACUGCCCAAAAGGGCAGCCAGGGUGUCAGUGUGCUGAAUUUUGAACUCGUGGGCAAAGCCGACUAG